UUUAAACCCAGAAGCUGGGGGCCAUGCCCUCUUGCCUGUGCUUCAGGGAGCAUCGCCAAGCCUUCUUCUUCCCUUCCCCCACAGGCAAUUGCUCCGAGAACACGCGGACAGGUUUCUGCCUAAGCCAGAACCGACCAACCAGGGCUCCCGAGGACCAGCCCUUCACCCAGGUGACUCGGUCCUCCUUAAGAAUCUACAUCCAAAAGCCUUGGAGCCGAGGUGGACAGGACCUCCCACUGUAAUCCUUACAACCCCCACCGUGGCCAAACUACUUGGCGAUCCUUCCUGGCACCACCUCUCCAGACUCAAGAGGACCCCGGAGCAGCAUGGCUUCUAUAAAUGUGAGGUGUUGGGCCCCACUAAGGUCCGCCUUAGUCAUCCUCCCCCUCCUCUUUCUCCUCCCGGCCCUGAGCAACCUACACCCAUCCCCACCCGCUUAUGUGUGGAGGUUCAAGGUCCGUGAAACCUACUACCAGGGCAGCACACAAAUCACCCGGCAGGUAGGAUCUCAGGACUGCCCUCUGAUCGAAUGCCAGGCGGAGAUCCUGAUGGCUGUCAACCUCUGGUCAGUGUCCAAUGGUGGCCGACCCUAUGCCUGUUUUGCUUAUGACCAGCAGAACCCAGACAGGUGUAAUAAAGAUGUCAACACCUAUGGGGGUUGCCGCUGGUCAGACUGUGUCACCCAUGAUGCCUAUAAUGAGGUCAGGUUUGGCCCCUUUUUCUGGAAGGAUGGGACCUUUAACAUCAGGGUCCGGGAUCCCUGGGACCAGCGAUGGGUUAUGGGCGUUAUGGGAAAACUAUACGGGAGUGGUUGGAGCUCGACCCCUUCAGGGACCGUCUACAUCUCCCGGGAAUAUGUCUUGGUCCAGGAGGCCCAGGUCCAGGAGGCCCAAUCCAGGUCUCCAACAGCACUACAUCAAUGAGUCCGGAGUAGUGGAGCAAAAUGUGCAGACCCUGACUAAGCUGAGUGACGAACUACGUACGAGGCACACCCAGGACAGCUCCCGGAUCGCGGAGAUGUCACGGGUGACUGUAAAUAAGCGCCUGCUCCACCCCUACACUCGGCUGCCCUCUGACCUGCCUCUGCCUGACCCUGGCCUUUAAAAUCCCCCUCCCUUUUUGCCCCUGGUCAGCAGGAAGUAGCCAAGACAAUUUCGGCGCCCCCUAUCACCAAAAGGCCGGGAUGUUAGGUGGAGGGAAGUCCAGGAGCCGAUGCAUGCAACUGCAAGGCAGAUGGUGACACAGAUACUGGUCCCUUCCUGGAACCCGUAACAGACCUGCCUGCGGCGAAAACUCCCACAGCUCAUGCUCCCCUGCCCUCACUGAACAGCUGUAUAAAAAAGUGCCUCCACUCCCUUUUGGCUCGACUUCACUGGCCCUGCCCUUGGACCCCUGAACCUCACCUGGGAGUGCAGAUUAA